GGAGACGCCUGCGCGGGGAGGCUGGGGAGCGACAGCGCUGGUUGGGCGUGAGUGGGAGUGUAGCUCUGAGCGCGGCGUCUGUGAGGAAAACAGGCACUGCCCUGCCGCUGGCUGACUGUUGCUAACAUGAGCGGCCUGCAUGGGGUCGAGAGCACCUCUCUCCCCCAGCCCCUCAGCCUUACUGUUCGCGAACAUCCUCCUGGGGAUCCGGACCCGAGCCUGAGGCUCAGCGAGGAAACCGAGGCGACGCAGGUGAUGGUGGAGACGGGUGAGGGAAGUUUGGGGUCCGUCGCGCUCCCGCCGCCCCAGGUUUUAGAGGAGGGGGACGCACCCCGGGAUCCCGCGAGCUGUGGGCAUGCUCCCGCGAUCCGAGUCGAUGGGGGUCGCGGUCCCGUAGCGAUCGCGGCCGGGCGGGAAGAGGCUCCGCCUCCCUCAGAGAGACUGGAAGCAGCUUCUAUGGUGGUGGCAACUCGCAGCAGGCUUGGUGAUGUCUUCCAGGGUGAGGAGAAGGCUCUCGAAAGCUGUGGCGCAGAGAGGUCGGAGUGUGAGGCGAUGGUGGGGGCCAAGGCGGAGGAAGUGAAGAUUGAAAAGUGUGCCGCCUUCUCAGAAGCCGUGGAUGAGGAGAGGGCUGAGGUGGUGGAGACGGAAGGCGUGAAGGAGAAGCAGGUAGUGGCGGAGGAGAUGGCGGUGGAGAAGCCAGCAGGUGAAGAAAUAGAAGUGGUGGAGGAAAACAGAGUGGUAGAGGAGGUGAAGGAGGAGGCAGGGCCCUGGCCUCUGAAUGUGGUUCUGCGCAUGAACCCCCUGGAGGCCAUCCAACAGGAGCUGGACACUGUGAAUGCUCAAGCUGACAGGGCCUUCCAACAGCUGGAGCAGAAGUUUGGGCGAAUGCGUCGACACUACCUGGAGCGGAGAAACUACAUCAUUCAGAACAUCCCGGGUUUCUGGAUGACUGCCUUUCGCAACCAUCCCCAGCUGUCCGGCAUGAUUAGGGGCCAAGAUGCAGAGAUGUUAAGGUACAUAUCCAAUUUAGAGGUGAAGGAACUCAGACACCCCAGGACUGGCUGCAAGUUCAAAUUCUUCUUUCGAAGAAACCCCUACUUCAGAAAUAAGCUGAUUGUCAAGGAAUAUGAGGUCCGAUCCUCUGGGAGAGUAGUGUCUCUUUCAACGCCAAUCAUAUGGCGCAGGGGACAUGAACCCCAGUCCUUCAUCCGUAGAAACCAAGACCUCAUCUGCAGUUUCUUCACCUGGUUUUCAGACCACAGCCUUCCAGAAUCUGACAGAAUUGCUGAGAUUAUCAAAGAGGACUUGUGGCCAAAUCCACUGCAGUACUACUUGUUGCGUGAAGGUGUUCGCAGAGCUAGACGUCGCCCAAUUAGGGAGCCAGUGGAGAUCCCCAGGCCCUUUGGGUUCCAGUCAGGUUAACCCUUACCCUUGGGAAUGCUGCACAAGGUCUGUUACUAUCUGCUGGACCUGUGCUGGGGCAACAGUCAUGGGUCUGUCUUGUUGACCUUUCUACACCCUGUCUUCUGCUGGAUAUUUGCUCCUCUAAACCUCAAGCUUGAGACCAUCAUAGGCAUGCUGCUUCACUUCCACGUGACCUUUAUCCUGUUCUGCAUUAAUAACACGUGCUGCAUGGCUAUGGCUCACACCACUGCAAAGCCAAGCAAAUGAUGGCUGUAGAUUGCACUGUCUUUAUCUACACUGCUUACACUCUUUGUUCCCAGGGCCUUUGUUCUAGUUACUACCACCUGCAUUUCUAGGUUGAUUUGGAAACCCAUUCUAUUUAUCUGCAUCCAGCAUUACAGGCUCAUGGUCUGUGGACAAUUACUGGGGCUUAAUGAUAUCACGGGAGAGCAGCAGGGGCCCGCUCAUUCCAUAUGAUUUAUGUUUUGCCAUUACUCUUUCUGUAGCACUGAUUAUCUCGUAAGGCUACCUGUUACUAUGCCUGUCCCCCAGCCGCUGCCAAGAUCCCUCUAGCCCUCUUUCCCCCCUUCAUUCCCUUUCUUAACAGACAAAACAAAACAAAACACUGAUAGAAGCAUCCGCAAAAAAAGGCUUUUUAGUUUACUUCGGCUUUAUUGUUGCUCAAGAGAAGUUACUCUGUAAAGUUGUUAGUUGUUAGGGCUUUUUUUUGCCCUCUCAGCUAUCCUCUCAGCUCCCCAACCCUUUUAGCAAAUCCUGGAGGGCUCAAAGGAAGACAAAUCUAAAAGGAAUGAAAGGUGAGAUCUGGUUUAUAAUGGAUGGAAGAACUAAAGAAAUUGUGAUGGGUGCAUAUUUAGGGAAAACUACAUAAAAGGGCAGAGGCAUCAAUGAACCAGGUAAAAUUGGGCCAAGAAUGAGGACUUGGUUGACAGAGCCUUUUAGGAAAGGGUAUUCAAUCUGUUAGUGGUGAUGGGAAGAAUAAUAUGUUUCUUAGGAUGGCAAUAGAAUUGAAGAGGGUGGUUCUAUUAAAAAUGCUGCCUAAACAAUGAUUGUUUAAAGAAGUGCAGUGCAACUUUAUAUGCUUUCUCUUUUGUUUUUAUGUGACCUGAUGUACGUGGACGAAUAGUACUGUACCUUUGUUUCACUCGUAUUUAGUCUUGUUAUUUUCUGUUUCUGCUUGGGAAAUUGAGCUGUACUUUCUUUUGCCUUCUAUUGGGAACAUUUGGGAGAAUUAACAAUUUUGCUUUCCUGUGAAAUAUUAAGAUUUAUGUGAAGACUUAUAAUAGUUUUCAACUGGUUCUUGUUUCUGUUGAAUUCUGUUGAAUUCCCUUGUAUUUUUAGAAACAUAAUUUGAAUAAGUUGGUCAUUUUCAGAGUUGUGAAAAUAUUGUUUCAUGGAAAAAUAAUCUGCCAAAGACUGUGUGGCUUUUUUGGAUAAUUUGCUCUGGAAAUAACUUAGUAAUUGAUGUGUCUCUUUUCCUAAAAUUGCAUAAUACUUGUGCGAUUGCUGUUUCAAACUGGAAAUGUACCACUGCCAUAUUUGUCUUAUAUGCAUGACAGUAAAAUAAAAGCAUGCCAUUCUGCUA